AUGGCUUCUUCUUUACCUAACCUUUGCCUUCGUAAAAUAUUUGAAUGUAUUGAGGAGGAUAAGAUUUCUUUACACUCGUGUCUUUUGGUUAAUUGGCACUGGUGUCAGGAAGUUGUGCCGAUCCUAUGGAGAAGCCCUAAUGCGUAUAUGUCUAAACAAUUGGUCGAGGUAUACAUUGCAUGUUUGUCAGACGAAGAAAAACAAAUACUCAAUGAUAACGGUUUAAAUCUUCCUCCUUCAACCGAGUCACCACCAACUUUUGACUAUGCAAAGUAUCGGCGUGUCCUCCACCUUGGAGGUCUUUAUCACCAUUUGUGGUGGUGGUGUAAUCUUCGAAGAGAUGAAUGUAUUGGUGCCGAAGGUCGUUUUAUACUUACAGAAUUAUUAUUGAAGCUUUUCGUGAGUCGAUGUCCCGCUAUUUAUCGAUUUUCCUGUGACGCAACCUGGUUGCUCGAGAAAUACGAUAUCACAUCUUAUCCAGGUGCUGAAUCCUGUUUGCAACAUAUUCGUAGAUUAACUCUUACUGGAAAAAGGUUACGUAAAUAUUUUGAAAAUUUUUCAAUUUGUCAUGGUGUAUGUCAAUUGAAGACGUAUCUUCCAGUAUAUGAAUGGGAUAAUGAGAAGCAGUGUAGAAAUACCGAGAAAUUUGAAGUUGAAGUAGAAGGUUUGGUUACUUUUAUUCAAGCCCAAAGAAAUUUACAGGAUUUAGAACUUCAUGGUGAUUAUUAUGGACAUGACACUGGUGGAAGAAUCAUCGCUGCCUUGCAAAGUCAAUCCGAAACUUUAACUCGAUUAAAGUUAAGUUACGUUAGAUUUGAAGGUCAACCUCCAUUCUUCGGGAUCGGUGCCUGCAAGAAUUUGGAAAUUUUGGAAUUUGAUGGUUGCGAUGGAUUGACUACAGAAAUGUGCAGUCCAAUGGUUGAAUCACCAUUGUCCAAAUUAUCACAAUUGAAUAUCUCAAAUUCUGACAUUCCUGUUGAUAUCGUAUCAUCAUUGGCUUAUAAUGCUAAUACCAGUUUGCGCGAAGUAACGUUGUGUUCCACGCAGAGUACAAAAUAUUUAGUACAAGUAAUUAACGCGCUUGUCAAGAAUUGCCCGAAUCUUACUAAAUUUGAAUCAAAUCAAAUUCAUGGUAUUGAAGAAGUGUCUGCAAUUUGUUCUCUCUUGAGCAGUUCACAACAACUUGAAAAUUUAGCAAUUUAUGGAGCAAGUUUGGAUGCAGAAACUUUUUUACCAGCGAUAGGUCAAUCUAUACCGGAUAGCCUUCGGAGGUUAAAUAUUUCAUCAGAGUGGUCAUUUACCACAACUGCUUUUGAAUCUUUUCUGAAAAAUUGUAAAGCACCAUUAACUUGGCUAACACUUUCUGGAUGUGAAUGUAUCACCGACGAAUAUCUUGAACUCGUCGUACAAUAUCUAGGAAAAACUUUACAAUAUCUCGGUGUAUAUCGCGCCGUAUAUAACAGAAUGGAAUCUUUUGAUAAAGUCAGAGAAGUAAUACCCGAAGUUGAUGCACCCGUAGAAAGUCACUUAAAAUUUUAUCAAAGGAAAUGUCAACGCGAUGACUAA